GAGGAUACAUUUUUCAAGAAGGCCAAGGCCUCGGGCUACGUCGCUCGCUCCGCGUAUAAGCUGCUGGAAAUACAGCAGAAGCACAAACUGAUACCCCAGGGCGGCCAAAUACUGGACCUCGGUUGCCACCCAGGCGCAUGGCUGCAGGUGGCCUGCGAAUCGCUAGGGCCGCCCAGUAGAGGCGGCCGGAUCCUUGGAAUCGACAUGCAGCGUCCUGCCAAGUGUGACGAGCGUGUGACUAUUGUCCAGGCAGAUGCCACCUUGCUCCCGCCAGAGUUCUGGCAGGAGCAAGCCCCCGACGGCUAUGAUGCAGUCCUUUCAGACAUGUGUCACUUCACGCUAGGCAACAGCAUGGCAGAUGCCUACAAGUCCCUCGAGCUGGCCCGCACCGCCUGGGCCAUAGCUACCGGCGGCGAGGCAGCAUACCCCAAUGCAACCCUCAGCAGAGGGGUGCUGAGGCCGGGCGGCACCCUGUUGAUGAAGUUGCUGCAGGGUCCUGGCACGCAAGAGUUUGCAGCUGAGCUGCGGCGGGACUUUGCAAAAGUGGCAUGGCACCGGCCCAAGGCCACGCGCAGCGAAAGCAAAGAGGUGUUCCUGCUGGGCUUGAAGCGAAAGUAG